AUGAACACCCCUCAUGACAUUGAUAUUCCUAUAACUGAUCUCGAUGAUUCUGACGAGGAUGACAUUAUCAUUCACCAACCGGUCGCAAAUUCUCUAAUAAUUGAGAACGAUGAUGAUCACUUUGGAACAAAACCUCAUUCGAGCUUUUUCAAAAGGUUGAUAUCACCACUCAGGUUGAAUUACUCUGAACUUAAUCUCCAGAGAGAGUCAAUUGAGUUGGCUGACUAUAAUGUUGAUAUUGGUCAACGAAUAAAGAAUCCCCAUUUCUUGGAUUCUUCUCCUAAGAGUAGUAGCUGGAUCAAGCGGAUGUUUUUCCACAUUACCAUUUUUGGGUUCAUGGGCAGCUUAUUGUUGUCUUCAAUAGCAAUUUCCAAUCAUAAACAAGACCAACUAAAAUCCCAUUUGUUUGACACCGAAAAGCCAAUUUACAACAAUGGGUCGCACGAUUUUUAUCCAACUACAAUAAUGAUCUCUUUAGAUGGGUUCCAUCCUCAUUAUAUUUCGCCACAACUCACGCCAUUCAUGCAUAAUUUAUAUAUUGAUUCUUACGGACCUCCAUACAUGGUCCCGUCAUUUCCUUCAUCGACGUUUCCAAACCAUUGGACAAUGGCCACUGGAUUGCUUCCUGCAUGGCACGGGAUUGUGGGGAAUACUUUUUAUGAUCUAGUCAUUGAGAAACAAUUCAUUAACGUUGAUGGCGGGUCUAGUUUAGAUAAAUAUUGGUGGGGUGGUGAACCAAUAUGGGAAACUGCAUUUUACCAUGGUGUGUCGACCGCGGUUCAUAUGUGGCCAGGUAGCGAAGUACCCAUUGAUCUUGGCAGGCCGUUAGAAUUUGACAAAUACAAUGGGUCAGAAUUGUUAUCGAAAAAAGUCGAUCGAUUGAUCGAUUGGAUAGAUCGGGAUAUUAGCAGUCGACCAGAAUUGAUUUUGGGGUACGUUCCAACUAUCGAUUCUAUCGGCCAUAAGUACGGCGUUAGUGGGAAGCAGUUGGAAAAUGGGUUGAAAUAUGUCGAUAAUUUUGUGGAAACUGUUAUUCUUGAGUUGCAAAGUCGAAAUUUGAGUGAUAUUGUCAAUUUGAUAAUUGUUUCUGAUCACGGUAUGGCACCGACUUCCGAUGAUCGAUUAAUAAUGAUCGAUAAUUUAAUUGAUUUGGGUAAAAUCCAACAUUUUGAUGGCUGGCCAUUGUUUGGAUUGAGACCUUUCGAAGAGAAUUCUGUCGAAGAAGUUUAUGAGGAUUUGGAGCGUCAGUACAAUGAAUUAUCAAGCCCACCACACUUUCAGAUAUUUAGAAAAGAGGACAUGCCAGAAGAAUGGUUGUUUGGGAAUGUUGAUAGUCCCUAUGAUGACCGGAUCGCCCCAAUUUGGUUAGUUCCUGACGUCGGGUAUGCUAUUGUUAUGGAAAAAGAGGUGGCUGAUAAUGGCGGGACUUAUAAAACCAAAGGAAUUCACGGUUACAACAACACAGAAGUGCUAAUGAGAGCGUUGUUUUUGGGUACCGGUCCAUAUUUUGACUCAAAAGUUGAAAAGUACGGUAAAAACAAAGUUGAACCAUUUAGAAAUACAGAAAUUUACAAUAUCGUUUGCGAUUCUUUACAUUUUAAACCAAACGAGAAUAAUGGGACGACUAAUCCGGAAUUAGUUUUCCAAAAAAUAUUAGAAGAUGAGUGGAACGAUCCUGUUGAUUAUCCGAAUGUUGAUUUUGAAAUAGAGAUUAUUGUUGAUGCCAAUGCCACAUAUGAUUUAUUGUUUAGAAGUGACGGUAAUAUCAGUGAAAAGGAAGUGGAUAUUCCUUUGAACCCAACCAGCUCAUUAUUGUCAACUGAAGAAGUCAUCGGGACAUCAAUUACCCCGGAGUCGGUUCCUGGUCCAACUUUCAAACCAGACCAUUUUGAAACCAUUACUGUUACAAAAGAGACUACUACUAGUUCGACAAACACUGUGGAGACUAGUAACUCCGUGGAGACUUCUACCCUGGAGACUUCCAGUACAGACUCAGUUCAGGAGCAUGAUAAUUCUCUUUGGAAUUAUCUUGAGGACAAAAUAGAGGGGAUUAUUGAAGAGAUUGGUGAUGAGGCCAAGGUAAUUUUUGAUCAAAUUAAUGAUGCUGUUAGUAAAGAUGAUAGAAACUAA